GGGUUAUUAACACCACGAUUAGUUUUAAGGAAGACAGAUACCUGAAGAUGGAGUGGUUUGUAAACGGAGGAGCCAUGAAGUUACCACCUGAGGAGAGUCGCUGCACGAGUGACAGCCAAAACCGACCUCACGAGGUCAGUACGGAGAGCAUGGCAUCUCUGUGCGAGAAGCAGCAGCGGUAUGUGAAGGCCUCCAUUGUGUCCAGUUGGCAGUUGGUGGAGGCUCAAGACCGGCUCUGUGGUCUGGAGCUGCACGGUUCUGAGUCAGUAGAACAGGCCCGGGCCCGGGCGCUUGCUUCCUCCACACACCUGUCUGAGACCGAGGAGGAGUGGAGGAGGAAGGAGAGCAUGCUGGACUCCCGCUGGAGCCCCGUCACACAGGACCCCGGACACAGUGGCUUCGACAAGAGCAUCAUAAACGACCCCGAGCCCAGGGGGAUGGACACGGAUUUCGACAAGAGCUUAACCUUCGUCCAGCGCCAUGAGGAGGAACUGAAGCAUUUCGGAAUGUUGAGGAGGUGGGACGACAGUCAGCGUUUUCUGGCGCAGUUGCCUCACCUGAUCUGUGAGGAAACGGCAAACUACCUGAUCUUAUGGUGCUUUCGACUCUACGCUGAAGAGAAAGAAGCUCUGAUGGAGCAGGUCGCUCACCAGGCCGUAGCCAUGCAGUUUAUCUUGGAGAUGGCCCGCAGUGUGCAGCAGGAUCCUCGUGCCUGUUUCCGCCAGUUCUUCCACAAAGCCAAAGCGGGACAGGAGGGAUAUUUGGACGUCUUCCACACUGAACUCGAGGCCUUUAAACACAGAGUGAGGGAGUACGCCGUCAAGCCCAAAGUGGACACGCCCAAAACUCUGGAGCAGCUGUGUACGCCGGCCAGCUGCAGACUCGACCCUAAAGAAGUGCUGGAGUCUCUGCCUCCUGAACUGAAGGCGUGUAUUCAGUCUCAGGACAUGCACAUACUCCAGAAUGUUCUCCGCACCAUGAAUCCUCAGGUGGCAGAGUAUCAUAUAAAGCGAUGUUUGGAGGCGGGGCUCUGUUCACAUCCUGGGCGGGGCUCUAAAGAUGAGGACAUAGAAGCGGAGGAUCAGAGGAUGAUGGAGAUGUCCUAACACGCGCACACACACACACGCACACACACAGUGUUUUGCUUGUGUUCAGGACGAUGAUGAAGUGUGUGAACAUCACGUGAAGAUCAGACGACUGAACAUGACCUUCAUCCUGGAGGAGGAGGAGAGGAGGAGGAGGAGGAGGAGGAGGAGGAGAGGAAGUGAACGGCAGCCAUCAGAGACUUUUUGUUUGUUUUUGUUGGAUUGUUUUUGGAUCCACGUGUGAACAUGUGCUGCACUUUAUAUCUGAUUGAGCAGAUAGUAUAUAAAUAUAGAACAAAGAUAGGACGAGGUAUUUUUGUGCACGUUUUUGUUAUGUUUCUGUCGCGAUAUCGAGGCGUAACACACACUGGUUUAUGUUUUCACUAUAUUUACAGGAUUUUUGUUUUCGUCAUUUUUUUUCGGUCGUAGUUUCUUUAACGUGAAAGUUCUUUAAUCCUCUCAAAUACUUUCCCUUCUUUCCCUUUCCCCUAUUUAUUUUUUUUUUAACAUAAAAUGCAUAAAUUUAAUUAAUGAUGCUUUUUUUUGCUGUGUGGUGCAUUUUAUGUUUAAAAAAAAAGUAUCAUUUUGACCUUUUUUCAAAUUUCAAUUUUUUC